AUGCAGAAGCACAUGCUGACCGAGGACAUCGACUCGUCGAUGCGUGCCAUCAUCUCGGGCGCGCGUAUCGAGUACGACCUCAAGGUGCUCUCCUACGAGCUUGCUCCAGAAACGCUUGCGGCGCUCGUCAAGCAGCGUCUGCGCUGGUCACAGGGAUGGACGCAGGUCGCCUUCCGCCACGCCAUCCCCUCCAUCCGCCGCGGGGCUUACUCGGACAACAACAGCUGGCGAUCCCGCGUCGGCCUCUUCCAGCUCCUCCUCUACCGCGAGUUCUACUUCUAUGUCAACAGCCAGCUCGUCUUCAUGCUUGCCUCGGGCAUCUGCUACAACAUCCCCACGCAGGGGUUGCAGCGCUACUUUCAAGACUUUGGCGGCUAUGCGCUGUCCAUGUUCGCUCUGGCCGUUAACCUGAUCUGCUUGGGGUUGACCGUGUGCAUUCAGGCGAGGAACCGCUCCCACUUUACGCAGAUGGGCGGCGUGGUCUACUUUGCCCUGUGCACCCCCAUCUGGUACUCGGUCACGUCGCUCAUGGCCAUCUUCUGCCACUUCCGCGAGUUCAUUAAGUUCGAGAAGUGGAACCCCACCGCACGUACCUCGGCGAACUCGAAGAACAACACUUCGACCGCAAACUCGAACGUCACGUCCAAGGCGCCUAGUGUUCGCAAUGCAUGA